GAGGCUGAGGCUGAUGCUGAUGCUGAGUCACUCGAAAGCUUUCAGAGCCAAGUGAUCCAGUUGCAACGAACCAUUCAGACAUUCACGUGAAGACGGAUCAAAGCAUUAUAGAAGCAUCGGUCAUUCGUUGCAUUUGAGCCACUGCGGUGGACCCAGCCCAGAGGAUGUUGGGAGUUCACCUCCGGGGAACAAAGACCAACAAUAUGCUGAAAUGAAUUAGAAGGAGAAGAUUCUUGGACAUGAAAAACGACACUAGAGACGACGAAGGUCUAAAUGUUCCCUAUGAAGAUGAAACUACUUCUCUGCUUUUUCAUUUCACUACAUGUGAUGCUAUCAGAUGAACGUUUGAUAGUGUCAGGAUCAAACUUUUCUUUAUCUGCGUACGUUGGUCAGGACAUGACUCUGAACUGCUCUGUGGACUCUCACAUCCCACCUGAAGAAGUUUCAUGGAAGAAAAUAGAUAAACAUGGAAACAUCCUGGUUCUGCUCUAUCAAAACAACAAGAUCCAUCCAGAUUCAUCAGAUGAGCGAUACAGAGACAGAGUUGAGUUCUUCAGUGAUGAAAUCCACAGAGGAAACUUCUCUCUCAGACUGAAGAGAGUCAGAACUGAAGAUAAAGGACUUUACAUGUGUCAAGUGUUUGCUGGACCACUUACAGCCAACACGACUGUAGAACUUCAACAACUGGGUUUCUCUGGUUUCCACGUAAUGGUGUUGAUUCUCUGUGUUACUGCAUGUGGAUCUGUUCUUCUGAUCUGGUGGCUAAUCUUGAGAUCACAAAACAGUGUCCUUUGUGUUCAGAUGUGUCUGGUCUUCUGUCCAAAUAUCCUCAUGUUCUUUGCUUUUGUCUUCUGGGGUGUUUCUGAAGGAUUUCUGAAUGAGACGGUCACCUGCUGUGCUCUGUUUUUUCUACGACCACUAAUGUUGCUUUGGUCUGCACCUCAAGACAACGACUUUCCAGAAAAGAUGAGGUAUGUUGCGUGUUACAGCUUUUGCCUGGAAUUUAUUCUUUUCACAAGUGUGGUCUUUUCAGUUCUUUAUAAAAACGUUGGGAACAGACUCCUGCAUUUUUCAGCCUUUGAAAGAAGCAUGAUAACAGUCUUGUUUGGAAUGAUGCCUGUCUUGUGUGUCAUCAUCAUUGUUUACAUAGUGUUCACUGUAGCCGCAGCGACGCAUCCAUUAAAACUCAACAUUAUGGCUUUUAUAAGCUUUGAUAUUCUGCCACCAUUACAACUAAUACUUUUAUUCUACGCAUUCGGUGUUGCCAGAGGAACAUUUCUCAUUGCUGGAGUUUUACCAGUGAUUGUAAUCGUGGCAAGAUUUAACUGGAACUAUAUAUGUGGAAGAGAAGGACUCAAAUGUCAUCCUUUGGUCACGAGAACAGUGUGGUUUAUAUUCACAUUGCUGAUGAAUGUAAUAAUAGGCUCUUUUUACCUCAUGGCUCUGGAAAACGAGGAAGAUAUUGCAGGAUGGGCUUGUUUGAUCAUGUUUCUUCAAGUUCUAUGGGCCGUUAUUAACUUCAGGCGUUCCUUUAAUCAUUGGGGUGUCAAGAUCAAUGUCGCUGUAUAUUUGUUUGGAUCAGCUGGUGUUGUUUUAAUCAACGCUGUUGCUCUGAUGACUAAAUUGAUCGUGAAGAAAGUUAAUGGUGAACAUUCACUGGGGGAUCUGAGAGUCACCGUCUUCACCUCUGAAAGCCUGUUUGCUGUAUGUCUGUUGAUUCUACAAAUUUAUGACGUAUCUGGAGGAUUUAAGCAAUCAGAGACUCAGCUUCGCCGUCAGCCUUCCUUCACACAACGCUACUACAACAGAGGCAGUUCUUUACAGAUCCACGGCACAGAACCCAUAGCUCAGCAGAACCCAUAGCCAGGGGCAGACUGGCCAUCUGGCGUACCGGGCGUUUUCCCAGUAACGUAUGUGGCCGUAACGGACGCGUUUGCCGCUAACGUUUGGGGCUGUAACGGAGGCGUUGGACGCUUAGACGGAUGUAUUAUAAACACGAAUGCACGCAACGCGAAUGCACUCCCCCCCCCCCCCGUCGACAGAUUCGGUGGAGGGCCGAUGCGGGCCUAAAAAUGCCAGGGCCGAUUUUUCUUCCCAGUCCAGCCCUGCCCAUAACUCAAACAAUUGAAUUACAAUAAUAGUUGAGGCUGGUCUUAACAAGUUCUGACAAACCAGCCAACAGAAUAUGUUGUUCAGAGCAUGCUUAUUAUGUCAAACAAUGUAAUAAUGAUAUAACCUUUCUUUAAGCACGACAAAGUAUAAUGCACUUGAAAAAUGACUCAACUUAUUGGAUGUAAGGUUUUUCUUGGGUAUAAUUCAGAUCUCGAUUAGAUACCUCGAUCUCAAACUCUUCAUCACUGGACUGUCAAUGGUUGUGUAAAGACGUUGUAUUUAUUGUUGGCCUAAUGUUGAAUGGUAAGUUAUUAAAAAGUCAUUGUUGUUGUGUUAUUGUUAGUGUUGUUUCUUCAAAAUGUUUUCUUAUGUGUUGUGAAGGAGAAUGAAAUGAUCUAAGGAUGAAUGAAUGAUGAAAGAAACACACGGGUCACUUCUCAGUUACCGUGAUGAAACUUGGUGUCUUCAUGAACAGUGUAACUCGGGGGUGUCCAAUGUCGGUAC